AUGGUAAAGCGGCAGCGUUUUGACAGAGUGCUGUAUAGAAUCAGAGACUCGGGGGCCUCAGGCGGUUUCCAGUCUAGCCCCUCCUCAAAGCCAGGCCAACACCAGCUUCAGUCCUGGCUGCUCAGGACUUUGUCCAGUCAGGUCUUGAAACUUCUGAGGAUGGAAACUGCACAGCCUUUCUGGGUCAAGGCAACAGACGCAGAUGCAGACCAGUUUGGUGAAAUUGAAUAUUCUCUUUAUGAUGGAUUCCAUUACUAUGAGAAAUCUAAGGCGUUCCAGAUUGAUCCACAUACUGGUCAAAUCUGUGUGUCUCAAGACAUUGACAGAGAGGAAGAUCCAACCACUUAUGAUCUCUUAGUAAAAGCUACAGAUGGGGGUGGACUGAGUGCCCAAGCUUUUGUUCGUAUUGAGAUAGAAGAUAUUAACGAUAAUCAACCAAUUUUUGAAAAAGCCACCUAUGUGACAAGCAUCAGCAGUCACACACAGCCAGGAACAGAGAUCAUCAAUGUUGUUGCAACAGAUAGAGACUCUGGAAUGUAUGGAAUUGUCACCUAUGAACUGGUCCCAGGGGAAUUUUCUUCUCUUUUCACAGUGGAUACUUUUACAGGAAUUAUUUACUUGAUCUCAGCUCUUAGCCACCUGGAGCAUUCUGUGUUGUAUCUGACUGUUUCUGCACAAGAUGGGGGUGGCCUUUCCUCUGCCAUUAAUGCAGCUGUCACAGUAAACAUCCUUCAGACCCCUUUGGCACCUGCCAUAUUUGAGAGAUCCCGGUAUACUUUUUCUGUUCCCGAAGACAUACCUGAAGACAGCCCCAUUGGAACAGUAAAGGCCAGAGAACCUUUAAAUUCUUUAGAAGUGGUUUCUUACAGAAUUUCCUCAGGUGAUCCAUAUGGAAGAUUCUCUGUUGACCCUCAGUUUGGUAUCAUCCGCACCAAAAAACAGCUUGACCAUGAAACUCAAUCUGUUGUGGUGCUCACUGUUCAGUCACAAUUGGGUAACGCCAGUGUCUACAGUAGCACCCAAGUCAACAUAUCUGUGAUAGAUGUCAAUGACAACCCUCCAGUAUUUCUUACCAAGUCUGGAAAAGUAAUUAUUUCACAUACCUUGCCUCCUGGCACAGCUAUCUACAUUGCUCAUGCAGAAGAUAAAGACAGUGGCCUAAAUGGGGCAAUCAAAUAUAGUAUUGCAAGCAAGCAAUCAAAUGCAUUUAGCAUUGAUCCGAGCCUUGGAGUGGUAAACCUCACCAGGACAGUGUUUGCCGAUAAGCAGCAGNNAUAUACUCUGCACAUAGCAGCCGAAGACCAUGGCAGCCCUCCUCUGAGUUCUUUGUUGAAGCUGUCCGUGAUUAUUGAAGAGCAGAAGAUGGCCCCCACUUUGGCUUUUGAAAAUUUGGUGUAUCAAGUGGAAAUCAGUGAAGCUUCCUCACUAGGUGCCCAAAUCCUUCAAGUUCAAGCUCACUCACUAGAUCCACACCAUGUCACUGCCAAGCUGACAUAUUCCCUAGAGUCUAGCACAGAUUCUGCUGCUUUUGGUAUCAGCUCUGAUACUGGCUGGAUUUAUCUGCGAAAACACUUGAACUAUGAAUGUGCAGAGGUACUAAGUUUUAGAGCACUGGUCAGCACGUUAGAGGACAAAAGUUCCAGGCAAAAUGCAAGUGCUUCAGUAAUAGUUAAUGUCCUGGAUGAAAAUGAUAAUUCCCCCAUGUUUAGACGUGAGAGCUACUUCUUUGAAAUGGAGGAAAAUCCAGUUCCCAGGGGUGUGGUUGGCACCGUGACAGCUGUUGACAAAGACUCAGGAAGAAAUGGACAGCUUUCCUAUUUCCUCUUGUCUGAUGGAAAAUAUUUCAAGAUGAAUUCCAACACAGGUGAAAUUAUAAACUGGGUUGCAUUAGACCAUGAAAAACAAACUCACCACCAGUUGACUGUACUAGUGACUGAUCAUGGGUCACCGCGGCUUAAUGCCACAACAACUGUGUAUAUCUCAGUCACUGACAUCAAUGAUAAUAAGCCUAUCUUCCCACAGAUUCCAUCCGGAAAAGAACUAAACGUCAAGGUUUUGGAAGGGCAGCCGUCAGGGACACUCAUCACCACUAUCUUUGCAAAAGACUUUGAUUCUGGGAGCAACGGUGUAGCGUUGUAUUCGAUAGAAUCAGAAGAAGGUAUGAGGUACUUCCAGAUUGAUACUGUCAGUGGAGAGCUCAGAACAACUCGGUCUCUGUCAUGUGCUGAGAGAUCAAACUACCGAGUGGUCAUCACAGCCAGAGACCAGGGAAUGCCUUCACUUCAAGGACAUGCUGCUGUGUAUAUCCAGGUAAUUCCACUUCCCAAAGGGAGAUCUGUCUUCUCUCAAGACUUCAAGCACUUUGUCAUACCUGAAAAUUUUAAACCUGCACAAGUAUUGAAUUCUGUAAAGUUGCCUGAUAAUCAUCUGAUAAACAAUAGGAAAUUGCGUUUUAGUAUCGCUGAAGAAGAAGAUGAUGUUCAUUUUGAAAUAGAUAGCUUGACAGGAGAUCUUUUUCUUUCCAAGGAACUUGACUAUGAAACAGCUUCUCACUUCCUUUUGCAAGUAACUAUAAAGAAUUGUGAUGAUAAUUCUCCACAGAAUACCACUGUCUUCCUAAGUAUUGAUGUUGAAGAUCGAAAUGACCAUUCUCCAUAUUUUCAAGAUGACUUCAUAGUGAUUGGCAUAGAGGAAAAUGUACCUGUUGGCACUCUGGUGUACACAUUCAAUGCAAAAGAUGGAGAUGGCAGUUUUCUGAACAGCAAAAUACAGUAUUCCAUGGAAAUGAGUAGCUUAGGUGAAAAUCCGUUUCUUAUUCACCCUUCGUACGGCACCCUGAUCACAGCAUUUCCACUAGACAGAGAGCUUACUCGCUGCGUUGUCCUUACGGUAUCUGCAACAGACCAGGCAAUGAAUCUGACUGAUCGCAGACUUGAUUCCCUGACCGUGAAAAUUGUCGUUUUAGAUAUCAAUGACAACAGUCCCAGUUUUACGUCUUCCCCUCUUUCCUAUGUCAUGGAGGAUGUGGAAGUGGGCUCCCUUGUUCACCGCAUAGUUGCAAAGGAUCCAGAUGAAGGAAGAAAUGGACAAGUAACAUUUCACAUUCUUUCAGGCAACGAAAACAAAGCAUUUAUACUGGAUGAGGUCACAGGACUACUAUCUACAGCCCUGCUUUUGGACCGUGAGGUUCAAGAACGCUACAGUUUGACUGUCAUGGCUCUUGAUGAUGGCACCCCAGCUCUCUCUGCAACUCAGAUUCUGACUAUAAAUGUUCUUGAUGUGAAUGAUGAGAGACCAGUAUUUUUGAAGCAAUUUUAUGAAACUGCAGUCUGUGAAAACCAAGAUCCAGGGGAGUUUGUCGUAAAGGUAGAAGCUGUGGAUAGAGAUUCAGGACUGAAUUCCUUGCUUCAGUAUGAAAUCUUACCUGGAAGUGGUUAUGGGAAUUUCAGGAUGAACUCAGACAGUGGAGAGGUCAUGACAACAGUGUCACUGGACAGGGAAACCGAGGAGGUUUUCUAUAUUAAAGUUUUGGUUCGAGAUAGUGGAACUCCUUCACUAUCAAGCACAGUAACAGUUAUCUGCAAAGUUCUGGAUGAAAAUGAUUACUCUCCAAAGUUUCUUUUUCCUGUCUCUGAGAUUCGUAUUCCAGAGAAUCAACAGCCUUCUAUCAUUCACACUGCCUUGGCUGUAGAUGUGGAUGCUGGCAAUAAUGGAACCUUAAGAUAUGAAAUAAUUGGUGGAAACGUGGGUGAAUACUUCACACUAAAUAGCACCUCAGGAAAACUGUUGGUCACUCACAGCUUAGACAGAGAAGAUAUUAGCAAUUUCACUCUUGUGAUUGAGUGCCAUGACCUGGGCAACCCACCAAGAAGCUCCACUGCACAGUUAUAUAUAGCAGUCUUGGAUGAAAAUGACAACAGCCCUUUAUUUGCAAAGAAUCACUAUCAAGUCUCUGUGAGAGAAGAUCUAGAAGAAGGCUCAGCCAUCGUGGAACUUUUUGCUUCUGAUAAAGAUGAUGGCCUGAAUGGUGAAGUUAUGUACUCUCUCAUUGAUGACACCUUUGGAGCAUUUGCUAUUGAUAGUACAACUGGUUCUAUAGUUACUUCACAGGUAUUGGACCGGGAGACCAAAUCACAGUAUACCUUUAGGGCUGUGGCAAGUGACUGCAGCAUCCAUUUGCCAAGAAGCACCACUGUCAGCAUUGUGGUACACAUUGAUGAUGUCAAUGACAAUGAUCCAGUUUUUUUACAGAAUCCUAUCAAAGCCUUUGUGCCUGCUGAAACCUCUGUGAAUGAGACGGUGGCCACUGUUAGAGCUGAGGACAUGGAUCUGGGGCCAAAUGGAGCAGUUGUUUUUAGUUUGGUGGUACCGGAAACUAUAUUUGAGAUUGACAGGAAUACAGGUGACAUCAUCCUUCAGGAGCCUUUGGUUUCCAAAGACUUCAGGACCCGACUGCUAGUGAUGGCUUCCGAUCAAGGUAUCUCACCUCGAACAGCCACAGCUAUGGUAGCUAUCUUUACAGAGGAACAAGAGGAGGAGAUUUCAUUCAGUCACAGCUUGUAUGAAGCAAGCGUGCCUGAGAACAGUGCAGCAGGAACAUCACUUGUAACUGUAGAAGCUUAUGAACACAGAUUAACAGGAGAAAGCAUAAAAUACAGCAUCUUCGGUGACAAAGAAAACAUAUUUUCCAUACACCCCAUCACAGGUGUAAUCACAGUAAAAGAGCCAAAGCUUCUUGAUUAUGAAGUUAAGAAUAAAAUACAUCUUUCAGUUUUGGCUGAAAAUAGCUUGAAUUCAGUGCUCUGUGAAGUGAUGGUUUGGGUACAAGAUGUGAAUGACAAUGUACCUAAAUUUGAGCAAAGCUGUUAUAAAGCAUCAGUAUGGGAAGGCCAGAUUCCUCAAACGGACAUCAUGCAGGUAUUUGCAACUGACCAUGACAGUGGGCUGAAUGGAGAAACUGAAUACUCAAUUUUAUCUGGAAAUGAAAAUGCAGCAUUCCUAAUUGAUUCAUCACGAGGGAUUUUGGCAACUAAUACAAUGCUAAAUCAUGAAAACACUUCAUCUUACAGGUUGGUUAUACAAGCUGCUGAUAAAGGAAAUCCCAGACUUUCUGCUACAAGUAUUGUGAGGAUACAAGUGGUGGACAUUAAUGACAAUGCUCCAGUUGUCCCACCACUAGGCAAAGUGGAGGUUCCAGAAAAUGCCCUGCCUGGUUUUACAGUGACUCAGGUGUCAGCAACAGAUGCGGACUCAAGGCCAGCACUUCAGUUUAGUUUUACUGAGGGUAGUCGUCCUGGAAUGAAAUUUGCUAUUGAUCAACAUACUGGUGUAAUCACAGUGGUGGAACCAUUAGAUUUUGAAGAAACUGCUGUGUAUAAGUUGGGAAUCAUAGUUUCAGAUUCUGUGCAUCAAACAGAAGCAGAACUCACUAUCCUUAUUUUGGAUGUCAACGAUAACCCGCCAGUGUUUACUCAGGAUUCAUAUCAGGUGAGCUUGCCAGAGCUCAUUUCUGUGGAUGCCGCUGUUCUGACACUCUCUGCUGUGGAUAGGGAUUCAGAGCAUAAUGGGAUGAUUUCCUACAGAAUGCUUUCCUCCUGUGAGGGAUUUUCCAUUGAUCAUAAGAAUGGUUCAGUAUUCAUUACUAAACCGGUGAUACACCUGGGAAAAAAUUCCAUUAUUCAACUCCUUAUAGAAGCUAAGGACGGUGGAAAUCCUGCUUUAAGUGCAGUUACAUCUGUAGAGAUACAAAUAGAAGAUGUAAAUAAUUAUGCCCCUAAGUUCACAAGGGCAUUGUACAAUCUCAGCGUGAGUGAGGAUGCCUCAGUUGGAGAAAGUGUCCUCGCGUUUUCAGCCAUUGACUAUGACUGGACACAUGAAAAUACAUAUAUUGAGUACUCUAUUAUUGAUGGCAAUGCUGAUAGUCUAUUCUCUGUGGAGACAAGUCUCAUGGAGUCAGAAACAUCUUACAAGCUUGUUGGCCAUCUUGUUUUGAGCAAUCCUCUUGACAGGGAAACUGCUUCUUCCCACUAUUUGGUCCUCCUUGCGUGUGAUCAUGGAACACCUUCCUUAAAUUCAACUGCUACUGUACUAAUAACUGUACUGGAUGUGAAUGAUAAUCCACCAGUAUUUAACAACCUGGAGUAUCAUAUUCAUGUCAAAGAAAGUGUUCCCAUAGGUAGUCCUAUCACUGAAGUUUCAGCAAAUGACUGUGAUGCAGGAGCUAAUGCAGAGAUCACUUAUGCUAUCAUCUCUGGAAAUGACAAGGGGUAUUUUCGCUUGCAUGGGAAAACUGGAUCAGUGGAUCUGAUGAAAACUCUGGAUUAUGAAGACACUGUGAAAUUCACUUUGACUAUCCAAGCCACAGAUGGAGGAGCUGAGGUAAAAAAUGUGGCUUUUGCUGUUCUUCUUGUUAGUGUCCUAGAUGACAAUGACUAUGCACCACUGUUUUUGUUUCCUAGCCUGAACUGCAUUGUCAGUGAAAAUCUGCCUACCUUUUCUUUUGUGUGCACUGUUAACGCACUGGAUUUUGAUAAAGGCUCCUAUGGACAUAUUACCUAUUCCAUCCAGUCUUCAUGUUUGGCUCAUCGUGACGCUCCUAGAGACCAUGACAUGUUUUUCAUCGACCCUUUGACAGGAGAUAUUCAUACAAAGCAAAUGUUUGACUAUGAAAGUCAGAAUAAAUACUGUCUCAUAAUCCAAGCCAAAGACAAAGGUGACUCGUUGGCUACAGUUACAGUGCAGGUAGAUAUUGAGGGCAGAGAUGAAUUUGACCCCGUUUUUACCCAAGGUCAGUAUUUCUUUAAUCUCCCUGAGAAAAACGAAGCAGGUCAGUUACUUGGCCAGGUGACAGCAUCAGAUAAUGAUGGUGGACUGGAUGGAGUUGUUCAUUACUCCCUGAUAAAAUCUUUCCCAUUCUUUUCUGUAAAUCAAACCAGUGGUAAUAUUUACUUGACUCAAGCUGUUCAUACAAAGAAAAAUGGCAGCAGAAGAAAAGAUGACACCCUGGAGUUGUUAGUAAGAGCUCAUAGUCCAAAAAUUGACUCAAAAUUCACUGUGUGCACUGUUUUCGUAAAUGUUUCUAGUUCUCCUGAGAAUUAUCCAAAAGGGUCUACAUACAGCCUGAUUGUUAGCCUCUCUGUCUCCUUUAUAGCAUUCCUAUUGCUUGCUAUCAGUCUUAUGGCACUUAUUCUGAGAUAUAAGCGAAAAGACAUGAUGAACCCUUGCAUGAAAAAAGAAGCGGCAUCCUCGUCAACUACGGAUUUAAGUUUGGCCAGUGCAGAUAAAGUCCCUAAGGACUGCCAGAAAAUCCAGAGUACCGAGAGCAGUAGGCUUCCCAUGGGUGCCAUAGCAGAAUGGCUGAGCUUAGUAGGAGUCAGAGAGGAGGAGGAUGCUGGUAACCCCUGCAGGCGUUCAGAUUCCAGUGGCCAUGGUUCAGCCGAAGGGGAAACUGCAGAGGAUGAGGAAAUCAAAAGGAUCAAUGAACAUCCUUGCAGAAAGAGCUCUGGUUCAGCUUUAAGUGAGCGAGGCUCGCGGAUGCCAGAUUCAGGAAUUCCAAGAGAGUCUGAUCAGCUAUCCUGUCAAUCCGGAGAAACCGAUGUUGUGGCUACCACUCAAAGCAUGGAGAGCAUGCAGGCCGUUAAAGAUGAAGGUGGAGAAGAAGCCUGUGACACAGCCUGUGCACAUAACAAAAUGUUAUCUCAAACGCUUGAGAAAAUUCAAAUCAAAGAGAAAGACAUAAUGACAGACUUCACAAGAGAAUAUAUCCUGAUCUCAGAUAUGCAGGACUCCCAGUGUGAUUCACUUGCAAGUCUUGUCGCCUCUGAUGAGGAUCUCAGAGGGCGCUGUAACUGGGAUCAUUUGCUGAAUUGGGAACCCAGAUUUCAACCUCUUGCAUCAGUGUUUAGUGAUAUUGCAAAACUGAAGGAUGAAAGUGUACACAUUCAUAGCUUACCGAAGGAGAAAAAAUCUUUUAUUUUCCCUCCGCCCUUGAUAACCUCAGUAGCUCAACCUGGCAUAAGGACAGUGCCACCACGAAUGCCAAAUAUAACUUCAGGACAAGCAUUUAAAAGAUAUCCUCGUUCUCCCCUUAUUCAUAACCUUGGAUACCCUCCACCAACCAUGACUCCCAGUUUUUCUCCUUCUCUGUCUUUACUCACCAUGCAAACUCCUACCACUUCUCCAGUAAUGUCUGAUGGGAGAAUAAUAGGAACAUGUCUCAUUGAUCCAAGCCAUGAACUUGCAAGAGAGGAAGAAAUUCAGGUCUAGAUUAUUAACUGCUGGGAGCUUGUGGAAAAACAUAUGGCUUAAAAUGUAUUUUGUUACUGUUUAACAUGCAAAACAUGCCUGUCAGAACUGUAUCACCAGUAUUCUUUCUAUUUUUAUGAGCUGAAAAAGUUAUUGGAUAACAUAGCCACAAGCUUUCUAACUACUUAUCUUCUUCACAGAAUGCACUGCAAGCCCAUAAGGCUUUUCCUUCCUCAAAAGUUUCUAAUGUACAUCAUACCGCCGGGUGCUUGAUAAUCAACUUGACAGAUAUUUUUUUUUUUCAUAACGCGUAUCAAUAACAAUUUAAUGAGAGUAACUCUGUACUGUGGAAAAAA